AACUUCACCCCACAGUGUCUCCAACUUGUCCCUGUUAGCGGUUCUUAAAACGAGGCUUCAUGCAGUGCAUUUUCUUUGAAGGCUUUCUAAUCAAAGCACGGCCCCACCUUAAUCACCUGUUUGCUCUGUAACAGUGAAAACAGCCCUUCCCCGUGGAGUGACAUCUUAAUGGCAGCCUUUUAUGGCCUUGAGUUUGCCACCAUUUUGCUGAGUCACUGUUCCUGGGCUCCUUUGCUGCCAAAUUUAGUAGUAUUUUAGUAGGGAAAAUGGUCGGAUGGUAAUGUGUUACGCAGAAGGCACUCACUGUUCCUUCAUGCUUCUUUUGUUAAUACUUUGAUGACAGUAUGUAACUAGGACAGCAAAGUAUAUAACUCCAUUCGAGCAACUCCACCCCUCCCUUUUUUUGCAUUCAGGUGUAUGGUUCCCCACCUCUCAUUCAAACACUGGGGAUAUUAGUAAUGUAGACAGUUUCAUGUUUCUCUAGAACAAAUCUACUUGCUGAUGAGUGUGCUUAUCGAAUGUCAACUCACUUUGUUACAAGACUUAGGAAUGUAGAUGUGUUUUCUAAAACGCCAGCCAAUAUAUUCUAAAAUAAAGGGAAUUUUGAGGUUCAUUUGCAGUUUGGGAUUAUGCUCACCUCUGCUUCCUGUUCUAGUUUACAAUAAUAAGUAAGUGGGUGAAAAAACGUCAGCAUCUAAUCAGACUUGGAGCUCAAUCCUGCUCUAUCACUUUCUAGGGUUUCUGAUCCGUAACGUGGCUGUGAUCAUUGUGAUGGAGCAAGAAAAAGAACUGUUGGUCUCAGACUGUAACAGCUUCAUGAAGAGGGAGAAUUUGAAAAUCCCCUUCACAGGAGAUGAAAGUAUGAAUAAUUUGGAAACUGUUCACCACAACAAUCCUAAGGCAGAUAAUCUUAAAGAGAAACCUUCAGAAUGGUCUAAAAGACACGGACCACAACAUUAUAAGCAUGAGGAUGCAAAAGUAAUGCCAUUGACAUGGGUUCAAGAUGAGAUUUGGUGUCAUGAUUCCUGUGAGAGUGAUGGCAAGUCAGAGAAUUGGGGAAACUCUAUAGCUAAAAAGGAGGAAAACCCCAAUCACCAGGAAUGGGACCCAGGAAAACAUACCAAUGCCUCUGUCCAGCAGAAUUCAUCCUUUGUAGACAGACCCUACAAAUGUUCCGAAUGUUGGAAAAGCUUCAAUAAUAGUUCUCACUUGCGUACUCACCAAAGGACCCACACAGGAGAAAAGCCUUAUAAAUGCUCUGAGUGUGCGAAAUGCUUUUGUAACAGUUCUCACCUGAUUCAGCAUCUAAGAAUGCACACAGGAGAGAAACCCUACCAGUGUGGUGAAUGUGGGAAAAGCUUCAGCAAUACCUCCCAUCUUAUUAUCCAUGAAAGAACUCACACGGGAGAGAAACCCUAUAAAUGCCCUGAGUGUGGGAAGAGAUUUAGCAGCAGCUCUCACCUUAUUCAGCAUCACAGAUCACAUACAGGUGAAAAACCAUAUGAAUGUUGUGUCUGUGGAAAAGGCUUCAGUCACAGUUAUGUCCUAAUAGAGCAUCAGAGGACUCACACUGGAGAAAAACCUUAUAAGUGCCCUGAUUGUGGGAAGAGUUUUAGUCAGAGUUCCAGCCUCAUACGCCACCAGCGGACACACACAGGUGAGAAGCCCUACAAAUGUCUUGAGUGUGGAAAAAGCUUUGGUUGUAAUUCUACUCUAAUAAAACAUCAGAGAAUACAUACAGGAGAAAAGCCUUAUCAAUGUCCAGAAUGUGGGAAGAAUUUUAGUCGUAGUUCAAACCUUAUUACCCACCAGAAAACGCACACAGGAGAGAAAUCCUAUGAAAGUUCUGAAUAUGAAGAAAGUUUGAAUCAGAACUGCAGUGUGAUAGAAGACUGCAGAAUCCAGUUAGGAGAGAAACCAUAUAGAUGUUGUGAAUGUGGAAAGAGUUUUGGCCUUAGCUCCCAUCUCAUUAGACACCAGAGGACACAUACAGGAGAAAAACCUUACAGAUGUUCUGAGUGCUGGAAAACUUUCAGUCAGAGUUCCACCCUGGUGAUUCACCAAAGGACACAUACAGGAGAGAAACCUUAUAAAUGUCCUGAUUGUGGUGAAUGCUUCAGUCAGAGCUUUAACCUUAUCAGGCACCGGAGGACCCACAUAGGGGAAAAACCUUACAAAUGUACCAGCUGUGAGAAAUGCUUCAGCAGAAGUGCCUACCUCAAUCAGCAUCGGAAAAUUCACGUAGAAAAGCCUUUUGAGUCUCCUGAUGUUGAGGAUUUUCCUCUUGAAUGGACUUGGAAAAACUGUUCAGGGGAAGUGCCCCUCAUCCCUUCAUUUUCAGUAUCAAAUACAUCUUCCUGAGUCCCAAAGCCUGGUGAUUGUUUUUUCUUUCUUGUUGGACCAUGACAAUUCAGCUAUUCUCUGAUUAUUGUGCUAUAAAGUUUCUUUGGUGUGUUUGUCAAAACAUUUGGAAAAAGUCAACCUCCCAGUUUAAAGGAUGGGAAAACCCCAAUCACCAGGUUAUUGGAUCUGUCCAGUGAGAGAUUCAUCCACCUAGGAUGAAGAAAGGAGGACUUUUUUGAUUUAAGGUAAGGUAGUAAUAACUUCAAAAGGACACCUACAGAGUAAUCCUGAGAGUAAGCAAAGGAAUCUGUGAGAACCUGAAGCUAGAAUUGCCACUGAAUUAUUUUCUCUUCCUUUAUUGGGUAGAUAUACAUCAUUACUGGCCUCAAGGGUUUACCCAGAGAAAGGAUCUUUUUGAGUAAAUAAUGUGAUUUCCUGGCUAUUUUGUUGGGGCUCAAGAAAGAAAAGAUUCUUUUUUUUCAUUUUUAGUCACUAAAAAUGAACUAUUACAGCAUCUAGAACUAUACUGCCCAACACCAUAGCCUCUAGCCAUAUGUAGUUAUUUGUAUUAAGAUUAAUUGAAAUUUUAAAUCCAGUUCCUCAGUCACACUAGCCACUUUCUAAGUGCUCAGUAGCUCUGUGUGACCAGUGGCUGCUGUAUUGAAUAUUAUACAAGGUUCUUUCAUUCAAGAUCAUCAUUCUUGACAGACCCAUAAAUAUUUUCUAUUAGACUGUAGAAAUGUGCUCUGAAGGGUUUGCUCUCCAGAAGGAAUUGUACUGUAGAGUAGAAUUGGGAUAGAGUUUUGAAGACACUGGGUUUAGAGAUUGGAUAUUUUAAUGAUUGUGUUCUAAUUUAUGUGCAGCCAACUGAGUUAUCUAGUGAUAUGAUCUCACUGUCUUGACCAAAGCCAGGAUAGGAGGAAGAAUUCCUGAAUUCUGUCUUAAAAUAUUUAAUGAAGAGUCUUUUCCCCAAGUUAUCCCAUUAUGUAAUUCUUGGUCAGCUCAGGAACUGCGUUCUUUUUCUAAUAAUUAGCUCACUAAUUCUGAGCUAGUGUCCAAGGACAGUUUGCCAUUAAGGAGUACUGAGACUUCUCAGCUUCAGUACUGACAGUUUUCUUUUGCCUCUUGACAUAAUUGGCAUGUGGAUCUGAUAACUGAGGCCCCAUUUUCCCUACUCCUUCAUAUGGGAAUAAUGCUUUCGAAAGUAUUAGAUAUAUCCUAUUUCCUUCCUCCCAUUUUUUCCUACUAGUGCAAUAGGUAGAUGAGUAGGAAGGUUAGGACUCCUGAGUUGCCCAUGAUUUCAUCUAAUUUUUGGAUUCAGAAUAUAUUUUAUGAAUAAUAUGCAGAGACACAUAUUAGGAAUGUGAAGCCAGAAUGGGUCCAUUGUAGCUGAUGCAAAGGGCUGUAGCUGAUGGUCAUUUAAUUGCCUGGGGAUUAUUUUAUCUUUCAUGAUUGUGGUGUACCUGAUGCUGGCAAGGCAUUUGUGUGUUUUUGUAUUGUUAUUUGAUUACAAAAAUAAAGCAAAAACU